AUGUCACAACAAGAGCAAAGUUCUCGCGAUCAAGAGGGCCAUGAGAGCAGUGCUUCUAUCUCGUACCACGACGCUGAGCACACUGGACUGCGCAACCAGCCUCGUCGGCCCGCUGAUCACACGUUUGAGAGCAUAAUGGAGGGGCUCUCUACACGCAUUAGGAGUCGCCGCGGCAAUCAAAUGGAGGCCGGCCCCAAUGUACCACCUAUGCUUAUUACAGAAGCAGACAGAAACAACCGAUCUGCAGUGGGCCGCAUAGUGAGACGAGCUUCACAGCGAAUCCAACGCGUGCUACCACCAGGGACAAGGCAUCUGAGGCGGCGGAUGCGCACAAUAGAGGCCAACAUGUACGAAAUGCUGGUCCAGAGAUCCAACUCUGUUCGACGAAACAGUUAUGAGGCAUGGCACCUUCGACCCCCACAUCAGCAGGGUUGGGAUUACAACUCGGGAUGGCCAGAGUGUUAUUCUCCCACAGUUAGGCCUGAUGCUUCCGAGAUCUUGAUGCGUUACAGAGGCCAUCCAUAUUCAUGUGAAGGACGUCAGGAGUCGGGACAGCUCCCAGAGAAUAACGCUGGAGAGCCUGAGAUGGAACGCUUCUCUACAAUGCACCGUGCGCCGCCACUCGUGCGUAGGCGUCCAUCACCGCGUCCAACUCUCCGAUUACAGGCGCCUAACGGAAUGCCUCCUGUGUUCACACCAGACGGGUUGACUGAAGACACUGCAGUCAGAGAUUCUGUUGAGGACCGCUUCAGAGUGUCGUCAUCUCAAUAUGGAGCGAUCGGGCCCACCACUAGUGAUUAUGAGCAUUAUACAAAUAUCGAGAGAAGAGAGCCUGCUCACCCUGUCGAACACUGGCAGUCCUUCACUAGCGUCGAGAAUUCGUCGUUCGGGGGUUCUACCUUGCAAAGCACGAACGAUAGCGGAUAUAACUCAUAUUCUGCUUCCGCUGGCACACGAUACAGCAAUGCCACUAUCGAUCGCCCAGGGAACAACUACGCCGUUCAGAGGCAUCCAGAGCCCUCGAACCAGACCGGAGGUGCAGCAACGACACCUGCGGAAUACAACACACCUGCCCAGUCAUUUGGUCAAGCCUACGAGAGCUACCCUCAGCGGAGAGCUUCUCCAGUCUCACUCCCUCCAAUCUCUGCCAUUAUGCAGGGGAAUGCUGCAAUGAUGGAAAGUGCCAGCAAUUCGGAGACUGCUGCUGUGAGCGAUGAUCCCCAAACGGAAUCGGAUUAUGUCCUGGAUUCUGGAACAGGUCUCUUCCAUGUCAGCCAGCCAACGCCGAUUGAUCUACUCACACAGCCUGUGGAUGCGAGCACAAUGUAUCGCUAUUAUACCGGUCCGAGUGAUGGAGAGCAAUCUGGACGGGGUUAUGCUGGCACACCGAGAACUAUGAGAGAACAGCACUAUCGCUCUACAUAG